ACAUUAUAAUGACAUACAAUCACAAUUGAAGGAAGGGAGAGAGAGAGAGAGAGAGAGAGAGAGAGAGAGAGAGAGAGAGAGAGAGAGAGAGAGAGAGAGAGAGAGAGAGAGAGAGAGAGGGUUUUCUUCGAUCAGAACAGGAAAAAAAUGGGCGGAUUAGAGUACUUGGUGUUGGAAGGAUAUGGAUACGUGGUCCUUACCCUCGUCUUCUACUGCUUCUUCAAUUUCUGGAUGGCUUUCCAAGUCGGGAAAGCCCGCAAGAAGUACAAUGUUUCCUAUCCGACACUGUAUGCCUCAGAAUCAGAAAACAAGGAUGCCAAGCUCUUCAACUGCGUCCAGAGAGGGCACCAGAACUCGCUAGAAACGAUGCCCAUUUUCUUCAUGUUGAUGAUUUUGGGUGGAAUUAAGCAUCCAUUCAUCUGCGCUUUGCUCGGACUACUUUAUACCAUGGGCCGCUAUUUCUACUUCACUGGAUAUGCCACUGGCAAUCCCCAAAAUCGCCUUAGCCUUGGGAGAUUCAGCUUCCUUGCUUUACUCGGGCUUAUGAUCACCACAAUUUCUUGCGGGAUUAAACUGAUCGUUUCGCAAAAAUGGAACGCCGAAUUUCAGCAGCGCAUUUUUGCUUGAUUUCAGCAGCGUGCACUUAGCUUGCAUCGUCUGUCGAACUUGUCUUUUGCUGCUUGUUUGUCUACAGCUCAUGUAUUUUGUAACCCUUAAUUUGUGGUGUAGGUUGUGUUUCACUUUGUAAUAAUUGGAAACAUGGGAUGUUUUUGGACAUGGUUUGAAAAGACUAAUGUUGGUUAUUGGAAAA